GGUGCAGAGACUCGGCGUGUGACUUGAAGUGCAUCAGGAAAUGAUGGACGAGGGGAUGAGAGAUAGCUAACGGGGCUCUGUCUCUGCGUCCGGUCCGCGGAGGCGCACGUCGUGGGGCUGGAGAGGUUCUGUCUACAGCGGCAGCGCCGAGCUUGUCUCGGGCCAUGAGAAGCGCGCGGACCGCCCGGCCCCAGGCUGCCCUCGUGGCCGGCCGCGUCCUGCCGCGCUGAGAGCUUGGGGGCGAAGAGGGGUGUGGGCGGCUGGGCUGCGCCCGAGCGCACCGCCAUGGCAAGGGAGGAGUGCAAGGCGCUGCUGGACGCUCUCAACAAGACGACCGCAUGCUACCACCACCUGGUGCUGACCGUAGGCGGCUCGGCAGACUCGCAGAACCUGCGUGAGGAGUUGCAGAAGACGCGCCAGAAGGCGCAGGAGCUGGCGGUAGCCAUCCGCGCCCAGCUGACGGCCGCGCUGCGCGACCGGGGCCUGGACGCCGAGGAGCGCGCGGAGUUCGAGCGCCUCUGGGUGGCUUUCUCUGGCUGCCUGGACCUGCUGGAAGCCGACAUGCGGCGUGCGCUGGCCCUGGGCACCGCGUUCCCGCUGCACGCGCCGCGGCGGCCGCUGGUGCGCACCGGCGUAGCGGGCGGCUCCGCGGGCGUAGCGGCGCGCGCCCUGAGCGCCCGCAGCCUGCGGCACGAGGCGGAGCGCGACUUCGACGUGGACGACCUGCGCGAGCUGGAGCGGGAGAUCCUUCAGGUGAGCGAGAUGGUCAACGACAUGGAGAUGAAGGUCAACGUGCCCCGCUGGACCGUGCAGGCCCGCCAAACGGCGGGCGCCGAGCUCCUGUCCAGUGUCGGCGCCUCUUCGGUGGGCGUCGUGUCUGUACAGGAGCGCACCGGGCCUUGCGACGUGAGCAAAGCCCUGGCCGCCACCGUUUUCAGCGCCGUGCUGCUGGCGGCCGUGGCCCUGGCCAUCUGCGUGGCGAAGCUGAGCUGACCCGACCGAAGACUCUACUCGCCGCCGCCGCCGCCGCUCCCUCCCCGAAGACAUCCUU